GUCAUUUGCGAUCUUACCUUCAUAGUGGAAGCACAGAUUAGAGAGUUAGUUUUUGUUUUUGAUAGUGUGUUUUUCGGACGAAAUAGUCUUUGGGUUUACUUUUUAUAAUAUAUACAAUUAAGUUGAUGAUUUCAAACUUCACCGAUAUAUUUUUAUUUUUCAAUUCUGUAAUAUGUCACCGAAUAUGAAUUGCCCUUUUUGUGAUUCUUUAGAACAGAAAAAAAAAGGAAGAACAGGAGGAUUAGAUUGGGAAAACAUUCGAAAAGUAUUACAAAAUUAUUUUUCAAAUUUCGCAUACGUUCAUUACUUCAAGCUAUGCGAUUCAUGUUUAACAUACUUACAGGAAUUUUGCAAAUGUAGGAAUCAAUGGUCAAUUAAUGAAGAUGCAAUUAAUGAAAAAAGACGACUAGGACAGUUUAAACAAUUGAAAGAUUUUGUUAAUCUGAAGAAGGAGAGUUCUCUUAUAUGCCGUUUAUGUUUGAAAGAGAGUCAUACAGAAGAUGUUAUUUUUAUUUAUGUCGAAAAUCAAAUUUAUCACCCAGGAUACAUUAAAAAAAUAUUAACUCUCCAUGCAAAUGACAUAGACUUGAAUAUAACUGAAAAUCCAGUUAUUUGCCAAGAAUGUUUCAAUGUCAUUCAAACAUUCGAUGCUUUAUAUCAGAUGUGCCUCGAAAAUCAAGUUGAAAAAGUUGAACCAGAUUUAAUAAUAAAAUCUUCAGGUGAUUCAAGAACAGAAAACCUUCACGUUACUGAAAAUAUUGUGCAUGUUCAACUAGAGAAGAGCUAUAAUGAUUCAUUUGUUUUACGUCCAGUUACAGAAGAAGAAAGUGCAGUGAAUACUCUAAUGAAGAGUAAAGAAUUAUCUACUGAUAAUGUUGUUUUGAAUGGGUGCACAACAAAAAAUGUAUUAGAUAUCGGUGACCACAGAAAAUCUCAAAAACAGGAUAAUGAAAAUCCAGAUGUUUGUAUCAUAAGUGAUGAGGAUGAAUUAAAACGUGAUACACCAGAAGAAGUACCAGAGGGCAAUAACCCAAGAAGUUUGAAAAAUAUUGAAUUGAUGAAUGCUACUUCUGCAAAUGAAGAUGAUCUUAUACCUCAAAACAUCAUAUUAGUAUCUAAACACAGUAAGAGUGGCAGCACAUUCAAAAUAAAUUCUUUAAAAUCAGAUGUUAUUGAAAUAUAUGAUUCUGAUGAAGAACUAGGGUUCCCAAAAAUUGUAGAUGUCACAUCCCUCAAUGAAAUAGAAGCAUCACAGCUGCAAAACAAUGCAAUUACAGAAGAAGAAAGUGCAGUGGUUGCUGAAAUAAAGAGUAAAGAAUUAUCUAGGGACAAUGUUGUUUUGAAUGGAUGGACAACGAAAAAAGUAUUAGAUCUAGUUCAGCACAGAAGAUCUCAAAAACAGGGUAAUGAAAAACUAGAUGUUUGUAAUAUAAGUGAAAACGGCGAUGAAGAUAUAGCAACAAAUCCAACAAUCGAAAUCAAUAUGGCAGUAGUUAGUCAAUUGUUUGAGAAUAAUGAAGGGGGCAUUCUACUUGAUACUAUCAAUACAGAAAAAAAGACAGAGAGUGAUACAGAUAGUGUUGAUAUGGUAUUUGCUGAUGAAUCAUCGAACUCAACUAGUUCUCAUUAUAUGAAAACGCAAUCUAAAGAAUUGUUGGAGGAAAAUCUUUCAUUAUUUUUGCAAUUCAAUAGUAAUAACCACACGAACACCAUUUCAAAUUCAUUGAAGAGAUCUAAUGAUUCAAAUGAUGACAUAUUUGAAAAAGUUAGACUCACUACAGUCAAUCAAGUUGAAAACCAAGUUUCAGAGCAUAGCCCAAUAAAAUUUUCAUCGGCUUUUGAACAAUUUGUAAUUAAUAAGAAGCAACGAGAUAUUUCACCUUGGAAGCUAUUGAGAGGUUUUAUAUUUAAUCAUAUCAAAGAAGAUGAAUAUUGUUCCUGGUAUCCUUUUGUUCCUCUGAAUAGGAAAUCGUAUCCAUCCAUUAAAAAGAAAUUUUUCAUUACUGUUGUGGAAAAUCGAGCUGGUAACCGUUUAUAUAGAUGCAACAUAUGUCUUCACAUUAUGAAUCAUGAAUUUGAAGCGAAUUGUCAUGAUUGUCCAAAAUUCAAAAAGAAAAAAACCCGAGCAUGUCCCCAACCUAAGUGCACUUUUUAUACCUUCAAUGAAUUUUUGUUUUCGCAACAUACAAAAGCUCAUAAUCUCAUCCCUAUUGAAUCCAUUCAAGACUUCAAAUGCAAUUUUUGUGAAUUUUUUUCAUCUGAUGGAGAAUGUUUGACUGAUCAUAAUAAAAAACAUAUGAAAUCAUAUGGAAAAGGCACACUGAAAGGCUCAGUUCCAAAAUGUUCCUUCUGUUUCUUUCAAUCAACAAAUCCAGAUAUUUUAGCACAUCAUAUAAUUGUUCGACAUACCGAUCAGGCCCCAAGGAAAUCCAAAUUUACAGAAACGCAUUUUGGUUGAUGUUCAGAACAAAAUGGAAAAUAACUAAGAAGGUAACAUUCGAUUCCUUAAAAAAAAUCGUCAAACUUGAGAUAUAUUAUAUUAAAACAAUGAUUAAACUUUUAUAAAAGUGCUGUGAUAAAUAUUAUUUAUGAGAACUUCAAUUGAAUAAAAUGAAUAUUUUUUAAAA